UUUGUGACGUCAUGUUUCUUGAUUUGCCGCCGAAGGAACUAUCCGAUUUCCUGAAGCAGACAGAAAAUCGUGUCAUUCCAGGAUUGUUCAUUGAAAUGGCUGAAGAGUGAGCACAUCGCGCUACCUGACAGCCGUCCCUCACGGAGCCGAGUCACGGCAGGCGUCUCAGUUUGCUACAAGACUCUCGUGUAGACAGAUGUUGUUAGUAUGUUUGUGGAUUAUCCAGCGCCGAAGCAUAAUUCUUUCAUGACUGUGCCCUACGGUUGCCUCAUUCCUGGGUACACCGGACAUUGUCCUACACUUAAAUUCCGCUACGGCAAACCGUAUGGAGCUAGCACCAAGGACAUCAUCAAGGAACUUAGUGUGAAGGAUUUGUCAGUUCGCCAUGAGCCCUACAGACAAAAUGACCCCAAUAAAGCACUACUUACUCCAAUAGCUCGUAAGGAGGGUCAAACUGAGAGUCCAUCGCUGCCUUUUAAACACAGGACCCGCAGAUAUGUGCUGGGAUAUACAGGUUACAUCCCAGGCAUGAAUUUCCGAUACGGCAAGUCAUUCCAGCGGGCAGCAGAUGAUAGUAUGAUGGACUUCAAUAGGCGAAUGUCACGAGAGGAAAUAAGGCGAGAGAAGGAACAUGGCCACAGGUCACAGUCUGCUCCUAAGAUGCCCUCUAUUCACUCCAGAGAUGAAGUGAAGAAAGCAUUACACCACUAUCAAAAUCGCAAAUAUGGGGACAGCCACAUCUCCCCUGAGUGUCCACCCAUUGCAGGAUACACAGGGCACAUCCCUCGAGUGCGAGGCACAGAGGUUUCACUCAGCCAGCGUUACAACACUGCAGUUCGGAAAGGCUUGGCACUGUUACGUGAGGAACGGCAGCACAGAAAUGAAAUGGAAGAAGCUACACGGGCAGUACACAGAGCUCUCCAGCAUGAUAGCAGAUACACUAUACCUGCUAUGUGAGCAGGACAGUGUGCCUUUAGGGAGGUUUAACAAAGAUCUCUUCACUAGGGUGCUGUUACUUUAGUGUGCACACGUGUAUGUGGGUGGUGUCUUAACAGGCCAGGAACAACUUUCAGCCAAUAUCCGUGUUUAAAAGCAAAAAAGGUUUUCACUUUAUUAUAACAACUGUUAGUCUGACAAAUAUAUACAUACAUACAUACACACAAGUUUGUAUGACUAAUGACUUUUCGCAUACAGAAUACAAAAGCUUGUUCCCCAUUUGAUACUCUGUAAUUAUUAAAAAUGCCUUUGUUAUUAUAAACGUUUUCGUUUAAAAACUUGGUUCCCUGUGUAUACUACAGGGCAGGAGCUAAAUGAUUUAAGAGCUGUAGAAUUAAAAGACACAAAGUAUGUCACAUAAAGUGUUGAAUUGCUUUCUGGUCCGUCACACUAACAAUCUUAUAAAAGAUAAAACAACUCCAUCCAGUGUGACUUGAAGUUUUUACUACUU